UGAAGCAGCACUGGUUUAGCAGACGCCUGUCUGGAUGGAGGGCAAACCGUCCACCUGAUUUAUCUCAGUACCCGUGGCUCGUAGCGUCAAACGGCAUUUUGAACGGAAUUAUUUGCAUUUAUUUGUACGGAAAAAGAGCUGAACUGGAACACAAAGGGGAAUGUCUAGCCAAGGAGUUAGGAGAAAUGGCCCAGUAAAGCUGCGGUUGACAGUCCUGUGUGCGAAGAACCUAGCAAAGAAAGACUUCUUCCGGUUGCCUGAUCCUUUUGCCAAAGUGGUGGUGGACGGCUCAGGACAAUGCCACUCCACAGAUACUGUGAGAAAUACGCUGGACCCAAAGUGGAAUCAACAUUAUGAUCUAUACAUUGGAAAGGCAGACUCAAUCACCAUCAGCGUAUGGAACCACAAGAAAAUCCACAAAAAACAGGGUGCAGGUUUCCUGGGUUGUGUUCGCCUCCUGUCCAACGCCAUCAACAGACUCAAAGACACUGGCUAUCAGAGACUGGACCUGAAUAAGUUGGGACCCAAUGACAAUGAUACUGUGAGAGGACAAAUAGUUGUAAGUCUUCAGUCCAGAGAUCGCAUUGGGACAGGAGGGCCAGUGGUGGACUGCAGUCGCCUGUUUGACAAUGACUUACCUGAUGGCUGGGAAGAGAGAAGGACAGCUUCUGGAAGGAUACAGUAUCUGAACCACAUCACACGUACCACACAGUGGGAGAGACCCACCAGGCCAGCAUCGGAGUACUCCAGCCCAUCAGGGCGUCCGCUGAGCUGCGUGGUGGACGAGAACACGCCAGUGAUGACGCCUGUAAACGGGGCCGAGGCCAGCGGCCCGCCGGGCGAACAGCGGAUUCACGAGAGACGGGUUCGAUCGCAGCGGCAUCGUAACUACAUGAGCCGAACGCACCUGCAUACACCGCCAGACCUGCCGGAGGGAUAUGAGCAAAGAACAACUCAGCAGGGCCAAGUCUACUUCCUCCACACACAGACUGGAGUCAGCACCUGGCAUGACCCCCGAGUGCCCAGAGACCUUAGCAAUGUGAACUGUGAGGAGCUGGGCCCACUGCCACCAGGCUGGGAGAUCAGAAACACAGCUACAGGUCGUGUCUAUUUUGUUGACCACAACAACCGGACAACACAGUUCACAGACCCGCGACUAUCUGCUAACCUGCAUCUAGUACUCAACCCAAGUCCAAAUGGUUCCCGCGUGGCCACGGACAGCCAAAACACUAACCUCAGUCAUCCGCCUCAGUUGAAGGACCAGGGUGGUCCUGGGGUCCCUCAGCAAGCUCUGUCUCCAGCCCAGCUGCCUGAAGAGGCUGAGUGCCUGACUGUGCCCAAAUACAAGCGAGACCUGGUGCAGAAGUUGAAGAUCCUGCGGCAGGAGCUUUCUCAGCAACAACCCCAGGCUGGCCACUGCCGCAUCGAGGUCUGCCGCGAGGAAAUAUUUGAGGAGUCGUACCGGCAGGUGAUGAAGAUGCGUCCAAAAGAUCUCUGGAAAAGACUGAUGAUCAAAUUCAGAGGAGAAGAGGGACUGGACUAUGGCGGGGUAGCAAGGGAGUGGUUAUACCUGUUGUCCCACGAGAUGCUUAACCCCUACUACGGCCUGUUCCAGUACUCUAGAGAUGACAUCUACACUCUACAGAUCAACCCCGACUCUGCUGUCAACCCGGAGCACCUGUCGUACUUCCACUUCGUGGGUCGCAUCAUGGGCAUGGCGGUGUUUCACGGCCACUACAUCGACGGAGGCUUCACUUUGCCCUUCUACAAACAGCUGCUGGGAAAACCGAUUACGCUGGACGAUAUGGAGUCUGUCGACCCCGACCUCCACAACAGCCUCGUCUGGAUCCUGGACAAUGACAUCACUGGCGUCCUCGACCACACUUUCUGUGUAGAGCACAACGCCUACGGAGAAAUCAUCCAACAUGAGCUCAAACCCAAUGGCAAGAGUGUCCCUGUCACGGAGGACACCAAGAAGGAGUAUGUCAGGUUGUAUGUGAAUUGGCGUUUCCUGCAUGGCAUCGAGGCUCAGUUUCUGGCUCUGCAGAAAGGCUUCAAUGAGGUUAUUCCUCAACACCUGCUCAAAUCCUUUGAUGAGAAAGAACUGGAGCUGAUAGUGUGCGGCUUGGGAAAGAUUGACAUCUCUGACUGGAAGUCCAACACCCGUCUGAAGCACUGCACCCCCGACAGCAACAUUGUCAAGUGGUUUUGGAAAGCAGUGGAGUCGUUUGACGAGGAGAGGAGGGCCCGGCUACUGCAGUUUGUCACUGGCUCAUCCAGGGUCCCACUGCAGGGCUUCAAGGCUUUACAGGGUGCUGCAGGGCCCAGACUCUUCACCAUUCAUCAGAUCGACGCCAACACCAACAAUCUGCCCAAAGCCCAUACCUGCUUCAACCGGAUUGACAUUCCGCCCUACGAGAGCUACGACAAGCUAUACGACAAGCUGCUGACUGCGAUCGAGGAGACGUGUGGCUUCGCAGUGGAAUGAGAGACCGGGUGUGUGUCUUUGUGUGAACAUGUGUAAGUGUGUUUGCAGGACUCUGAAAGACUAUUAUUGUCAAUGCGACGCGCAGACAGACUCACUCAGAGCCUGAUGCGUGCGCCUUCGACCAGCCUGCAGUCCUCCUUUCCUCUCACUGCUCUCUGCAUCCUUCCCGUCGAUGUCUGUUUGAAGAGCUGCUAACGAGUCAUCCCGUCAUUUAAUUUCUUUUUGUUUCUUUGCUUCAUUUUAGUGUAGUUUGUGCGAAAUACGGAGAGCAAAUCAAGAGCUGCCGCAUUUCCUUCAGCAGCUGUGAGUUGUUAUGAGUGAGCAGUUUGUUUUUGACGGCUCAUUUUGCAGACAGAUAAAGGAGAUGUUGUUUCAAUUUCAAUCAGGAAGCAGUUUAUCACUGCAGUUUUUUCCAAAAUUCUUCCCAGGCAUUUGAGUGCAGUUGGUCACUAUUUUGUUUUGCGAUUGACUGAAUGGAUCCUCGUCAUGCUACUGAAUCUUUAAACACUGCAGGUAGCCAUAUCUUGCCCUUAGUAGCCAUCCUAACCUCACACCUUUUCAGUCCUCAUGGCUGCAGAGUUAGUGUGCUUUGUUUUGCAGGAGCGCCACAAAUUCAUCCUACCUCGGUGUGAUGCUUUGAUAUUUGAACCGUUUUAUUCCAAAAUGCUUUUUCUCAAUCACUUAUUUAAUUCGAAUUCAUUUUUACAGCAGUGCUCUAUGAUUUUCACAACAGCAGUGGCUUUGUAACUGCAAAACCAUUUAAUUUAAAUUGUGAAGGUAUCAUUUUGAAAUGACACUCGUAUACAGACUGACCUGGACGCGGGUCUUGGUGUUUCGUGGCGAUUUGGAGUCACGCUCGUGGUGUUUUGUUUAACUAUGAGGGGACGGACUCUGGUGAAGAAGAAGGAGGUGUGAAUCUUAUUUUUUUCAGCUAUGAAUUACUGCAGUGUGGCCACAGCUCUCGUAAACGUGCGUCUGUAUGUUUCUGCAUGUGUGUACAUUUGUAUGCAACGAAGGUUGACAGUUCUUAGAUGGUUUCCCCAUCAUCUCUACUAGCACAGCGUCCUGUAUUUAAAGCUGCAGAGCUGAUUGAACCUCACUUUUUUGAGCCUGGCUCGUCUUCCUUUUCACACAUUUGUCUCCAUUAGUAUGCAUGUUUUUUUGUGUUUUUUUUUUUUGUAUUAUUUUUAUUUUAUCCCACCCAGAUAACCCAGCACACUUCCUGUCAGAUCAUAUGUGAAAAGGGCACAACUGGCCACAGGACCAGGCUUGAUAAGAAGCUAUUUUCAGUCACAUCCUCGCUUUUAAAAAAAGGCAGAAGUAUUUCUCUCUCUCUCUCUUCGUCACUUUAGAGCACUUUACAAACUGAGCAGUGAUGCAGAAGUGCUUUCUUCACAUUAGAUUAAAUAUAUCACGUUUCAUUUGCUACUUCAUUAGAAAUAUACAGAGUUAUCUAUACACCUGUAAUUUUUGAGUAUAUAUGUACAAAUACAUAGCUAUUUUGUAUAUGGUCGCUUGUUCUUUCUGUUCAAAUUUUAAAUGCAAGCAUGUCAGCGUCUAUUACAGACCUCUUUGCAUUCUCAGGUGAAGUUGUCCUUUGGGUUUUUUUAUUUUUUAUUUUAUUUUACAUUUAUAAGGCUAAUGUGUGAGGAGGGGUUCUAGUGGAAACUACACUUCAGAGUCUCUUAACCCAUGAUAGACUGUAAAAGCUGGCAGUUUAGAGUGAUGUUUUCUUUUGGUCAAUCGCUUUCACGUCAAACAUACCUUCAUUGGAGGACAUGAACGGCCAUAUUUGCUGCUCUGGAGGUCACUACUGAACACCAAACAGCACAGACGACAAUGUGAUGAUAUCUGCACAACAGCAAUCUGUUUGCAGAGUGAAAUCUUUAAGGACCGAACGCUUACGGUGGCCUCAAAUCCUCAGAGCUGCAAAUAUUGGACUGCUGCUGAUCUCCUGGGUGCUACACACAGUGAAAUUGUUGAACCAAAAUGAAAAGUCACCAGAAAAAAAAAAAAAAAGAGGUAGUAGUGAGGAGCGUGUCCAUCACCACAGCCUCCAUCCAAAGAAAACUCUCUUUGCAUGAAUGGACACUCUAGAGACAAAGCCUAUUUAUUUGCAUACUCUUAGAUUGACUUGGAAAAAUCAGUUAAAUGUUCUUUUUUUUAAAAAUAUGUUUCCGCCUGCAUUUAUUUGUAACCAUGAAAAGUUUGAUAGCUGCAAAAACGUUGAUUUUUUUAAUUUUAUUUUUUAUUUUGUAGUUAUCAUGAGACUAAACGGAUAAGCAAAACAUGAAAUUGUCAUCUUUGUACAGUUAAGAGAGCUUUUUUGAUUUAACCUUUAAUAACCUGACUCAGAGGCCGGAAAAGAAAUACAUUACAUGUUUUUUUGCACACAUUAUGCAUACUUGGACUCCAAGUUAUAAUCAGACACUUCCUUCUAUUUACCAAAUAGUUAAUGGACUGAUUGAGGUUUUUUUUUUUUUGGUUUUUUUUUUUUUAAAUGUAGAUAACAUAUAUAUACAUACACCCAUGUUCUUGAUAUGCACACAUGUAUGUUUGUCCACUGCACACGGUCCACUUCUGCUCUUUGUUACUUUUUUUUUGUUGGCACCAAGUUUUCUGGCUGGUUCAGUCUUCAGUGCAAAAGUUGUGCGGGUUGAGAGUUUCCAGACAAGGGGAAAUCACACUUAACCCCGGUUUAGCAAAUUUGUUAUACAUCUUUGACAGUUGUGCAGAUCAUCGUUAACUUUUCAAGCUUUGAAUACCUGCAAUAUACAUUUUCGUCUAGAUUGGGAGUCAAAUUAACUUUAAUGCUGGUUUAACUAGUUACAAAUGAGCUGAACUCUCUCCCCACACUUAAAAGUACAAAUUAACAGGUUUAUGUGCAAAUUCGUGUGUAUGUGUGUGUCUGUGUCUGUGUGUGAGCGUAAAUGACUUGAUUGAAUUCAGUACAAAACGAUAAAAAGAAUAGUAGGGUUUUUUUAAACUGCACCAUGUGUUAUUUCUUUUGAUUUCCUAUCUGUUUUUGUAUUUAUUAUUACAGUAUAUGUGUUCAUAGUUUUUCACAUCAGCUGCUCUGUGAGCUUGUAACUGACACCUGUACAUACGGACAAUAAAGAAGCAAAGUAAUAAACUUCUUGUACCCUUGCAGAAAGCUGAGCAAUAAAACUAUGCUGUUUGGACCUCACAGCAUUAUGUUUUAUAGAGA